AUGAAUGCAACUGGCCCGCCCCAGUAUAAGCGGCUACAGGCUCUACAGACAGUGUUAGGACUUGAGACCUCGCAUGCUGAGACAUCUCACAUACAGUGUACGCAAAACCCUGUCCGGAUCGGUGCCGGUAGCUACGCCGUGGAGACAGAGAAACAUAAUAAUGCACAGCAUGAUGAUGGUGAUCCAGCAGCCAUAGCUCAUUCCGGUACAAGCCCCAGCCGAACGGCAGACGGUAGCGAGGGGCCCUAUGGCCAGGGACAGGUUUUACCUCUUUUAAAUGAGUACAACUAUCUGAACGGGUGGAGUAAGUGCAACGUCGCAGUUCUUUUGACUAAACUGACAAAAAUCAGCGCUUUAAAGGCCAGCUUGAGGGAACAGAAGUAG